GACAUAGUCGGUAUUAUCAUCCUUCCCGCUGAUCCGCUUUCUAUAAAUACCCUAUCGCGGUUUACUGGGAUAGGAACAGACCAGAUCAGCAAUCGAUUAGAUUCAUUCCGCUCUGUUUUGAGCAUUCCCGGUGACCGAGAUCAGCCUGUUAGGAUCCUACAUCUAUCAUUUCGGGAUUUUUUGGUCCGGUCUAGCAGCAAAUUUCUUGUGGAUGAGCGAAGAAAGCACAAAGAAAUUGCUCACUGCUGUCUCAAAACCAUGCAGAGUCAUCUACGGAAGGAUAUCUGUAAUCUCGCAAAUCCUAGAGCGCAGAAGGCAGACAACCCCCAGGAUACCCGCCAAUAUCUCCCGCCGGAAUUACAGUACUCUUGUCGCUACUGGAUACACCACCUCAAGCAAAGUCAGGAUCUAUCUUCCGGGAUAGAAGAUGUGCUACUAUUUCUUCAGAAGCAUUUUCUGCACUGGCUGGAGGCGAUGAGUCUACUAGGUCUUAUAUCCGAGGUGGUGGGUAUGCUUGAUCUCCUCCACACGGUUAAACUACGCGACGACAAUCCUGUAAUAUCGGAUUUUCUGCAUGAUGGAACGCGCUUUGUACUGAAAAAUCGCCAGAUAGCCAACGAAGCACCACUUCAGAUUUAUUACGCGGGGUUAGUGUUUACAACUCGAACGACAAUAAUUCGUAGAGAGUUUAAGUCAGAGCUUCCAGGUUGGAUAUGCCAGUUCCCACAAGUUAAUGAAAAAUGGAGUGCAGAAUUGCAGACUCUCGAGGGCCAUUCGAGCUGGGUUCACUCGGUGGCCUUCUCGCCCGACGGCCGGCUGCUGGCGUCCACGGCGACGGGCGGCCUGCAAGAGACUUUGACCACUAAGGGAAUCGUCAACAAACUCGACUUUUCUCAAGACGGUUCAUAUCUAAUCACCAACUUAGGCACCCUCGAUGUUCAAUCCGGCCACAAAUAUCUUGCUUCUAAUUCAACCCAUAAGAAUCGGGCGAUCUUCAUUGAGCAAGGACGGUGGAUAAACAUGAACGGCAAAAAUGUACUCUGGCUUUCUCCUGACUUUCGGCCUACGUGUUCCGCGAUUAAUGGGGAUUCACUUGCCUUAGGACACGAAUCAGGGCGGGUUUCUUUCCUACGAUUUCGUCUAUAG